CUCUGUCUCAUUCAUUUCUCCUGUUUACAGCAAAACGUCAGAUCUCUUGCAGACGGCAGGAAGUGGAGGACCAAGUUUGUGAAGAUGUCUGAACUCUGCGAGCUGAGAUCGCAGGUGAUGCGGCGACAAACUGCAGCCACCGAGGAGACGCUGGCUCUGCCGGAGGAGACGCUGGCCGAGUACAAGCUGCAAAACUCUCGCCUGAAACUGAAGGUGGAGAGGCAGCAGAGGCUCCUGGACGCCAUCUUGCUGCCGGAGGUGCGACUGCACAGAGUAGUGUGUAAAGAAGAGGUUCCCCCUGAGCAGCUUCAGUGGACCCCCACUCUGGAGUUUGAGUCCCCACACAUUAAGGAGGAACAGGAGGAACUCUGGACCAAUCAGCAGGGAGAGCAGCUUCAGGAUGUCACCAAGCUGCCGUUAAGUGCUGUCCCUGUGAAGAGUGAGGAGGAUGAAGAGGAAGCUGAGGGGAACAAAGACGCCCACCACUUCACUGGACAGAUGGAAGCAGAAGAUGGUGAAGAGGAACGAGCCAGGAACCCAGAACCCUCCUCUGAGGCUGACACUGAAGACAGUGAUCACUGGGAUGAGACCAGAGAAGCUCAGUCAGGUUCAAACCCACUGAGUGAAGUCCCUCUCAGUCAUGACAGUCCUGAUGUGGGAGAGAAACCAGCUUCCUGCUCCAAGACCAAGACCACAGGAAAGAGUAAAAUCCCCUGCUCACUCUGUGGUAAACAGUUUACCAAGAAAGGAGACCUCAACAGACACAUGAGAAUUCACACUGGAGAGAAACCGUUUCCCUGCUCAGUCUGUGGUAAAGGGUUUGCACGUAAAGGGCACCUCAAGCUACACAUGAGAAACCACACUGGAGAGAAACCAUUCCCCUGCUCACUCUGUGGUAAAGGGUUUAACAAGAAAGGAGACCUCAGCAGACACAUGAGAAUCCACACUGGAGAGAAACCAUUCCCCUGCUCAGUCUGUCGUAAAGAGUUUGCACAGAAAGUAACCCUCGAGAUACACAUGAGAAUCCACACUGGAGAGAAACCAUUCCCCUGCUCACUCUGUGGUAAAGGGUUUACCAAGAAAGGAGACCUCAACAGACACAUGAGAAUCCACACUGGAGAGAAACCAUUCCCCUGCUCAGUCUGUGGUAAAGGGUUUGCACAGAAAGGAACCCUCGAGGUACACAUGAGAAUCCACACUGGAGAGAAACCAUUCCCCUGCUCACUCUGUGGUACAGCGUUUGCACGUAAAGGAAUCCUCAAGCUACACAUGAGAAUCCACACUGGAGAGAAACCAUUCCCCUGCUCACUCUGUGGUAAAGGUUUUACACAUAAAGGACACCUCAAGCUACACAUGACAAACCACACUGGAGAGAAACCGUUCCCCUGCUCACUCUGUGGUACAACGUUUGCACAAAAAGGACACCUCAAGCAACACAUGAGAAUCCACACUGGAGAGAAACCAUUUGUCUGCUCACUCUGUGGUAAAAAGUUUGCACAGAAAGGAAACCUCGAGCUACACAUGAGAAACCACACUGGAGUGAAACCGUUCGUCUGCUCACUCUGUGGUAAAGGGUUUACCAAGAAAGGAGACCUCAAGCUACACAUGAGAAUCCACACUGGAGAGAAACCAUUCGUCUGCUCCCUCUGUGGUAAAGGGUUUGCAGAUAAAGGAAACUUAAACAAACACAUGAGAACCCACACUGGAGAGAACCUGUAG